AAUAUCUAUCUAAAUUGUUGAUUAAUUCAAUUAUUCAUUCGUGGUAAAAAAUUGCACGCUCCAAAAUCCAAUUCUAAUAGCCUCAAACAUUCAAUCUUGUCUAAUUAAGGGUUUUAAUUAUUUUCGUAAUUACCGAACUUCGCAUUAUCACGAAAUCCCGUGACAUUUCUACUAACCUCAAUUUUUUUUCGUUCUAAAACUUGUUUUUAAAACGUUAAAAAUGGGUGAUACAGCACAGCCCCCCAUUUCUCACGCCGAGGCUGUAAAACUGUGCAAAGAUCCGUCCCCGGAGACGCAAGAUUUUCUCUUCCAACAAACAAUGUACCGUAUCAAAGACCCCAAAGUAAGCAUCCCUUUUUACACCGAAGUCCUUGGAAUGCGUCUAUUGCAAAAAUAUGAUUUUCCGAGUAUGAAAUUUUCGCUCUAUUUUAUGGGUUAUGAGGAUUCUCGGGAUAUAAGGGGCGAAUUGGGGACUCCAGAAAGGGGUGAAUGGGCGUUUUCACGAAAAGCAACGAUCGAAUUGACUCAUAAUUGGGGCUCUGAGAACGACCCUGAGUGUAAAUACCAUAAUGGGAAUUGUGAUCCUCGUGGAUUUGGUCAUAUUGGUAUUAUGGUUCCUGAUGUAACCAAAGCGUGUGAAAGGUUUGAAAAACUGGGGGUUAAUUUCGUAAAAAAGCCCCAAGACGGUAAAAUGAAAGACAUUGCGUUUAUUACCGACCCUGACGGUUAUUGGAUUGAAAUUUUUAACAAAAAAAUGGCCCAAAAACUCUAAUAUGUUAUAUAUUACUAUAAUCACCAAUAAAUAUUAACACUGA